CCACGCGCUUUUCCCGAGCAACUGAGGAACCGAGGGCAGCAGAGCGCGAGAGCGAGCGUGCGGGAGUCAUUUCUUUAAAAAAAAUUAAUUAACGAAGAUGCAAAUUUCAUUAUUACAGUUAAUUUCGGCUGCAUUAUUGGCACUGGCAGCCAAUGCAGAAGUGUACUUAAACGAGCAGUUUCUGGACGGAGAUGCCUGGAGGAGUCGAUGGGUUAAUUCGGAGCACAAAUCUGACUACGGGCAGUUUAAACUGACCGCUGGAAACUUCUACGGAGACGCUGAGAAAGAUAAGGGCCUGCAGACCAGUCAAGAUGCUCGUUUCUACGCCACCUCUGUCCGCUUCGAGCCCUUUAGCAAUGAGGGCAAAACACUGGUGAUCCAGUUUACGGUUAAACACGAGCAGAAGAUCGACUGUGGAGGCGGAUACGUUAAAGUCUUCCCAGCUGAUCUCAACCAGGCGGACAUGCACGGCGACUCCCAGUAUUACAUCAUGUUUGGGCCUGAUAUCUGUGGCUACAGCACUAAAAAGGUUCACGUCAUUUUUAACUAUAAGGGACAGAACCACCUCAUCAAGAAAGAUAUCAAAUGCAAGGAUGAUGAACUGACUCACCUGUACACAUUGAUCUUGAAUCCGGAUCAGACAUAUGAGGUUAAGAUUGAUAAUGAGAAGGUGGAGUCCGGCUCUCUGGAGGAGGACUGGGAUUUCUUGCCCCCGAAGAAGAUCAAGGACCCCGAAGCUAAAAAACCCGAGGACUGGGACGACCGGGCCAAGAUUGAUGACGAGACUGACACCAAACCUGAGGACUGGGAUAAGCCCGAGAAUAUCCCCGAUCCUGAUGCUAAGAAGCCAGAAGACUGGGAUGAGGACAUGGAUGGAGAGUGGGAGCCUGCCAUGAUCCCUAACCCCGAGUACAAGGGUGAGUGGAAACCCAAACAGAUUGACAACCCGAACUACAAGGGCGCCUGGGUGCAUCCUGAAAUCGAUAACCCAGAACACGUUCCUGAUGACCAGAUCUACAAAUUCGACAAUAUUGGAGUCCUUGGGCUGGAUCUCUGGCAGGUGAAGUCUGGCACCAUUUUUGACAACUUCUUCAUCUCAGAUGAUGUGAAAGAAGCUGAGGAAUUUGGAAAUGAAACGUGGGGCGCUACAAAGGGCCCCGAGAAGAAAAUGAAGGAGGAACAGGAAGAGAAGAAACGCAAAGAGGAAGAGGAAAAGAACAAGGAGCAGAACACCGAAGCAGCAGAUGAGGAAGAGGAAGACGAAGGAGAGGAGGAAGAGGAAGAAGACGAGACUGAAGAGCCUCAGGAGGACGAAGGAGACGAGGAUGUGCUUCAGAAAGACGAACUGUAAAGCAGAAAUCCAUUUUUGUCCAUAUUCCACAUUAUACCAGGGACGCGACUGCAGUGCAUUCAUUCAAAACAACACAUUCAGACUGAAUGGGAACCAAUGGAGGUUCUCAGACCACGCGUUCAAUCAGUGAGCUUUGACCCCUAAAUAGCCAUUUAAAGAGACGGUUCACCCAAAAACUGAAACUUGUCAUUAUUUAUUCAUCCUCCAUUUGUUCCAAACCAACGUUUCUUUCCUCUGUUGAACACAAAAUAAGAUAUUCUGUGUUAUAUUUUAUUGUAAUUAGUAGCAUAGUAUUUUUUUUAUGCUACUAUGGAAGUCAAUGGGUCCCAGCAACCAGCAUUCUACAAAAUAUCUUCCUUUGUGUUCAACUGAAGACAGAAACUCUUAAACGUUUAGAUUUUUGGGUGAACUGUCCCCCUAAAUACCUUAUUUUGUUUGUUUAUUUAGAAGAUCUCAGCCCAUGCAUUUAAUUAGUGAUCUUUGACCCCUAAAUGGCCAGUUAAAAAGACAGUUAACCUAAAAAAUUUAAUUCUCUCUUUCAUUUAUUCAUCAAUGACUUGUUCCAAACCGGUUUGAGUUUCUUUCUUCUGUUGAACACACAAUAAGAUAUGCUGAAGAAUACUGUAUUUUAUUAUGAUUGGUAAUAUGAAUUAGUAGCAAAACUAUGGAAGUCAAUGGGUCCCAGAAACCAGCAUUCUUUAAACUAUUUUCCUUUGUGUUCAACCGAGUAAAGAAACUCAAAGUUUAGAACCACUUGAGUGAGUGGUGAUUUUGGGUGAACUGUCCCCUUAAAUACCUUGUUUUUGUUUGUUUGUUUGUUUGUUUGUUUGGUAGUUUUCAGCUCAUGCAUUACAUAGUUAGUGACAUUUGACCCCUAAAUAGCCAGUUAAAGAGACCGUUCAGCCAAAAAAAAAAAAAUGAAGUCCUUCGCUUGUUUCAAACCUGUUCGAGUUUCUUUCUUCUGUUGAACACAAAGGAAGAUAUUCUGAAGAAUGCUGGUAAAAACAAACAUUGACUUGCAUUGCAUUUUUUUUGCUCCUCCUAUGGAUGUUAAUUCUUUGAGCAUUCUUUGAAGUGUCUUUUUUUUGUGUUUUUAUAGAACAAAAAAAAUAAGUUUAGAAUCAUUUGAAUUGGUAAAUGUUCUUUUUUAAUGUGAAUUGUCCCUUUAAAUAUCAUCUUUUAUUUGUUUGUUUGUUUUUGAGUGUUUCUUUAUGGUACCGGGGUCCGACAUGUGAAACACCUUUAAAGAACUGGUCUAUGAUCAGUUUAUUGUGCCUUUUGUGUAUGCAAAAUUGUUGUUUCUGUUAGUUUGAAGGAAUUGGAUUAAGUUAGAUUAACAGUCUGUAUCAGGAAGCCGGAUUAGCUUUAUAGGCAGUUAUGUUUUAGUUUAGUUUGCACCAAUUCUGCAUUUUGUAGCUCAGCUUCUACAUAAUACCAUGGCACAUAAUGACUUUACCUGUUUGUUCAAACUACUUAUUUAUGACGAGUCGAACCAACACAGUUUUUAACUUUUUUUUUUUUUUUUUGGCCAACUUAAUUGUUUUAUGUUCAUUCAACUUAAAUUUA